AUGACCUCCCUCUAACCCAUGGUAGCAGUGGCCAGUGGAGAGUUAGGCAAGUUUUGUUUGUUUGUUUGUUAUUGUAGUUGCUGCAUUAACUGGUUCAUUAAUCAUGGCCACAUGGAUUACGUCUUCAACAUUGGAAGAGUAGUAGUAAGUAGUAACCCAUCUUGGUAAUUUCAAAACUGCAAUAAAGAAAGCAAGACAAAACAACCCCACGCUCGCUCACUCACUCCCACACACACUCUCUUCUUACUUAUGCUCCUCUUCUCUAUACCUUUUCCUGCACUGCAUUCAGACCAAAAACUUGCCUUGCCUUGUACUGCGCUAGCUGCUCAUAGGAUUCUAAACUCGUGGAUCUGACACUGUCCACUCCUUCCUUUAACCAAAAUGGAUAUUUUUCAACUUUCUCAGUAAUGGCCAUGGGCUUGUGACUUGUUGUGAGUGUUGUUACUGUUUUUGAAAAGUAGGCUUUGGCUCUUGUAGUUUGUUUGUGUUAUUCAGCAACCAUAUGGGUCCAAGUCCAAGCAUAGAUUUUUCAAAGUGGUGGGUUAAGGAGAGUUCGAGUUCGAGUUCUAGGAAAGGAAACCCGGUUGUGGUGACUAUGGAGAACCCCAAUUACUCGGUGCUUGAAAUAGAUGCGCCAGACUCGGCAUUUCAGCCAGUUGACAAAGACAGAGGUAAAAAUGCUAAGCAGUUUACAUGGCUUCUCCUUCUCAGGGCGCAUAGAUUUGUCGGUUUCCUUUCUUGGCUCGGAAAUUCUCUUUGUUCAUUGCUCCAUGCUGUUAAAAAAAGGUUGUUUUUGGGGCACGUGGAGACUGAGAUGUCUUCCAAGGCAAAGUUUCUGUUUCGAGUAAUUCUCACUUUCCUGGUGAUGGCUUUGGCAUUCCUGUCUUUUGAACUGGUUGCUCACUUCAAAGGGUGGCGCUACUUUCACAACCAUAAUAACUUGCACCUAAUUCCUCAAACUUCGGAGAUCACUGGAUGGUUUCACACUGCCUAUGUUAGGUGGCUGGAGUUCCGGGUAGACUAUAUUGCUCCCCUAAUUCAGUCCCUAUCAACCUUCUGCAUUCUUCUCUUCUUAAUUCAGUCCGUGGAUCGAAUGGUGCUUUGCUUAGGUUGCUUCUGGAUCAAAUUCAACAAGAUUAAGCCCGUCGUCAUUGAUGGGGAUUCCCUCAACUCACAUGAUUUGGAAGGAUCCAACGAUGGAUAUCCUAUGGUACUCGUUCAGAUUCCCAUGUGCAAUGAGAAAGAGGUAUAUGAUCAAUCUAUUUCAGCAGUCAGCCAACUUGAUUGGCCAAAAGAUCGCUUGCUUAUUCAAGUUUUGGAUGACUCUGAUGAUGAGGGCAUACAGUGGUUAAUCAAGGGAGAAGUCUCUAAGUGGAGCCAAAAAGGUGUUAACAUAAUCUACCGUCAUAGGAAGUUUAGAACUGGUUACAAAGCGGGUAAUCUCAAGUCUGCAAUGAGCUGUGAUUGCGUCAAAGAUUAUGAGUUCGUUGCGAUUUUCGAUGCUGAUUUCCAACCAAAUCCAGAUUUCCUCAAGCAAACUGUUCCACAUUUUAAGGGAAAUCCUGAGCUGGCAUUGGUUCAGGCUAGGUGGGCUUUUGUAAACAAGGAUGAGAACUUACUGACAAGACUCCAAAAUAUUAAUCUCUGCUUCCACUUUGAGGUUGAACAGCAGGUUAAUGGUGUCUUCCUUAAUUUCUUUGGUUUUAAUGGAACUGCUGGUGUUUGGAGAAUAAAAGCACUUGAAGAAUCUGGUGGCUGGCUUGAGAGGACAACUGUAGAAGACAUGGAUAUAGCUGUCCGAGCCCAUCUGAAUGGAUGGAAAUUUAUCUUUCUCAAUGAUGUGAAGGUGCUUUGUGAGCUUCCUGAAUCAUAUGAAGCUUAUAGGAAACAACAACAUCGAUGGCAUUCUGGUCCUAUGCAACUAUUUCGUCUGUGCCUUCCAGCGAUUAUAACCUCUAAGAUUGCGUUCUGGAAGAAAACCAACCUAAUAUUUCUAUUUUUUCUGCUUAGAAAGCUAAUCCUCCCUUUCUAUUCUUUCACAUUAUUCUGCAUUAUUCUUCCUUUGACAAUGUUUGUCCCAGAAGCUGAGCUUCCAAUCUGGGUUAUUUGUUAUAUUCCUGUAUUCAUGUCGUUCUUGAACAUUCUUCCUGCCCCGAAAUCCUUCCCCUUCAUUGUUCCUUACCUCCUUUUUGAGAACACAAUGUCAGUAACCAAAUUCAAUGCCAUGGUGUCCGGUUUGUUCCAGUUGGGAAGUUCAUAUGAAUGGAUUGUUACCAAAAAAGCAGGUCGGGCAUCAGAGCCUGACCUAUUAGCUGCCGAAGAACGGGAUUCAAAGGCAAUGAGUCUCCAACUUCACAGAGGGACUUCUGAUAGUGGACUUUCUGAGCUUAACAAAAUAAAGGAAUGCCAAGAAACAGUUCCUGUAAAGAAAAUGAACAAGAUAUAUAAGAAAGAGCUUGCCCUUGCAUUCUUACUGCUUACUGCUGCAGUUAGGAGCCUGUUAUCAGCACAAGGCAUGCACUUCUAUUAUUUACUAUUUCAAGGUGUAUCAUUCCUCCUUGUAGGUCUGGAUUUAAUUGGCGAACAGAUGAACUAGAGGAUCAGAAAGGAUGUGUAAAAUAGAAAAUUGAUUGUUACAAAGUUAAAUAAUCAAAUAAGCUACAAGGCAGUUGGUUUUGGCAGUUAUAUUCAAGGUGCCUGAAUAUGGCUAAGGUAACAUGCUGAAAGCUACCGUGGGUCAUAUCAUAUAUAAGUGUUAUUCUUGAAGGCAUUUAUAGAAUUUUUUCUGUUUUUUUUUUUUUUCCUGGCUUUACUUGUCCAUCUAUUGUUGUCUAUCACAGUACAUUCAUUUUUCUUUCCCUUUUCAAUUUUCUGUGACGUUGAGCUGAUUCAAUUUAUGUCAGGAUAACCCUGUCAACAUGUUGCUUACAUCACCUUUGGUUCAUAUGUAUGUAUGCAUCUGUUGAAUGACAAUGAUGUGUUACAACUACAAACAAAACUUCUGAUGCCAAGGUUUA